UUCGUGGCGCUCUUGGAGCUGUCGGCUGCUUCACCAUGAAGCUGAACAUCUCUUUCCCAGCCACUGGCUGCCAGAAACUCAUUGAGGUGGACGAUGAACGCAAACUUAGGACGUUUUAUGAGAAGCGAAUGGCCACAGAAGUUGCUGCGGACGCCCUCGGUGAAGAGUGGAAGGGAUAUGUUGUCCGGAUCAGCGGUGGAAACGACAAGCAAGGUUUCCCCAUGAAGCAGGGUGUCUUGACCCAUGGCCGAGUUCGUCUGCUGCUGAGUAAGGGGCACUCUUGUUACAGACCACGGAGAACCGGAGAGAGGAAGCGCAAAUCUGUCCGGGGUUGCAUUGUGGAUGCCAAUCUGAGUGUUCUCAACUUGGUCAUUGUCAAGAAAGGGGAGAAGGAUAUCCCAGGACUGACUGAUACCACUGUGCCACGUCGCCUGGGGCCCAAGAGAGCCAGCAGAAUUCGCAAACUCUUCAACCUCUCCAAGGAAGAUGAUGUCCGUCAAUAUGUUGUGAGAAAGCCACUAAACAAAGAAGGCAAGAAACCCAGGACCAAAGCGCCCAAGAUUCAGCGUCUUGUUACUCCACGCGUCCUGCAGCACAAGCGCCGGCGCAUUUCGCUGAAGAAACAGCGCACUAAGAAAAAUAAGGAGGAGGCUGCGGAGUACGCUAAGCUUUUGGCCAAGAGAAUGAAGGAGGCCAAAGACAAACGCCAGGAGCAGAUCGCCAAGAGACGGAGGCUGUCCUCUCUGAGAGCUUCUACCUCCAAAUCCGAAUCCAGUCAGAAAUAGAAUUUCCUAUGUGUGGCAAAUAAAUAAGCUCA